GAAGAAAGCACCACAAACCCUCGCCCCCGCGGCGCCUCCUCCCUCCCCCCAGAAACAUACCGCCGCCUCAUUCCCUCCCACCACAGCACCCCUCCUCGUCCUCGUCCGAUCCGCCCUUCCGGAAGCACCUGGGAGGGGCAGCGCCAGCGCUCCGGCCGCCAUGGCGCUCGCCUUCGACGAGUACGGCCGGCCCUUCAUCAUCCUCCGGGAGCAGGAGAAGAAGUCGCGCCUGCAGGGGCUCGACGCGCAGAAGGCCAACAUCGCCGCCGGCAAGUCCGUCGCGCGCAUCCUCCGCACGUCCCUCGGGCCCAAGGGCAUGGACAAGAUGCUCCAAUCCCCCGACGGCGACGUCACCAUCACCAACGAUGGGGCGACGAUCCUGGAGCUGAUGGAUGUUGACAACCAGAUUGCGAAGCUCAUGGUGGAGUUGUCCCGCAGUCAAGACUAUGACAUUGGAGAUGGUACCACCGGGGUUGUGGUCCUGGCUGGGUCGCUCCUGGAGCAGGCUGAGAAGCUGCUGGAACGUGGUAUUCACCCAAUAAGGAUUGCCGAAGGUUAUGAGAUGGCGUCGAGGAUAGCUGUUGAUCACCUUGAAAGCAUCUCCACGAAAUAUGAGUUCAGUGCUACAGACAUAGAGCCUUUGGUGCAGACCUGCAUGACAACUUUGUCCUCAAAGAUUGUUAGCCGUUGUAAGCGGUCUCUAGCUGAGAUUGCUGUCAAAGCAGUCCUUGCGGUUGCUGAUUUGGAAAGGAAGGAUGUAAAUUUGGACUUGAUUAAGGUUGAAGGUAAGGUUGGUGGGAAGCUCGAGGAUACUGAGCUAGUACAAGGAAUCAUUGUUGACAAAGAUAUGAGCCACCCCCAAAUGCCAAAGAGAAUUGAGGAUGCUCACAUUGCCAUUCUGACCUGCCCAUUUGAGCCCCCGAAGCCUAAGACAAAGCAUAAGGUUGACAUUGACACUGUAGAGAAAUUCCAGACACUCCGUGGGCAAGAGCAGAAAUACUUCGAUGACAUGGUUCAGAAAUGCAAGGAUGUUGGUGCAACCCUAGUUAUUUGUCAAUGGGGGUUUGAUGAUGAAGCCAAUCAUUUACUCAUGCAAAGGGAGCUGCCGGCUGUUAGAUGGGUUGGUGGUGUUGAAUUAGAAUUAAUUGCCAUUGCGACAGGAGGGAGGAUCGUUCCAAGGUUCCAAGAGUUGACUACCGAAAAGCUUGGGAAGGCUGGAUUAGUCAGAGAAAAGUCAUUUGGAACGACAAAAGAUCGGAUGCUUUACAUCGAGAAGUGUGCCAAUUCCAAAGCUGUAACUAUUUUCAUCCGCGGUGGCAACAAAAUGAUGAUUGAAGAGACCAAGCGAAGUAUUCAUGAUGCUCUAUGUGUGGCAAGGAAUCUGAUCAUCAACAACUCAAUUGUGUAUGGUGGUGGCUCAGCAGAAAUAUCUUGCUCAAUUGCUGUUGAUGCUGCAGCAGAUCGUCAUCCUGGAGUCGAGCAGUAUGCAAUCAGGGCAUUUGCUGAUGCUUUGGAUGCCAUUCCACUAGCUUUAGCUGAAAACAGUGGUUUGCCGCCUAUUGAUACUCUCACCGUCGUAAAAUCCCAACAUGUCAAGGAGAACAAUUCCCGCUGUGGCAUCGAUUGCAAUGAUGUUGGUACCAAUGACAUGAAAGAGCAGAAUGUUUUCGAGACUCUGAUCGGCAAGCAGCAGCAGAUCUUGCUGGCAACACAGGUGGUCAAGAUGAUCCUCAAGAUUGAUGAUGUCAUAACGCCUUCUGAGUAUUGAUGACGCCUUCAAGAACGGAAUCGACUGUGCUAAGUGGCAUGCACUCCAUUAGUCAGCAUAUUUUAUAUGGGUUGAUUUGGAUUUGCUCCUAGAAUUCUUACAUGGAGUGGUCACUUGUUUUGAUUGACGAGCUAUCUAGUUUUGUGACGUGAGUUCACACUUUGUAGAGCUUGAGACAGUAGCACAUAUCCUGUCGAUACCAGUUUUAGCCCUUCGUUGUGUUGUUCGGAUGCUUAAUGCUAUGGUUUUGGACCACUAA